AUGAAGGAAAUUGUUCUCGAGGAGGAUGAAGUCGCUCUAUCUGAGUUGGGAUUUGAUUCUUUCACUCCCACUCCCGUUGUAUCAAUGAUCAAUGGAAAAGUUGUGGAAAAAGAGCUGGUGUUAAUUGAGAUGACUUCGAAAGUGAUCCAGGAGUCCGAAGACAAAGUUCGCAAGACAAGUUCGGUGAAAUCGAAGAGUCAAACUCUGCACAAAGGAGUCAGAGAUAUCGAGAUUGCGAGGCUUUCGGUGGAGAACGAAAUUGAGAAAACUCUGCCUCCAGAUCCCAUGCCAACAGUUGCUUCUCCUGAGGUCAAAGAAACGAGAACUUCAACGGUUACAGCUUUAAAAAAUCGUUUUGAAACUGCUCCAGAAGAAGCACUAAUAGUGAACACAAGUGUAUUGGCUCUUGCGACUGAUCUAGAACCACCUGGGCGAAUCAUUGGAAAAAUCAUCCAAGAGCACUCUCGCUCAACGUCAAAGAAUCGUGAAUCAAUUGGCAUGCUUUUGGCAACUCCAGCACAGCUCCAGAUUCUCAGCACAACCGGAGAUAAAGACAUCGGCUCUCUAAGUUCGAUAAAUCGUGUGUUUUCUCCAAUCCCUGCAGAUCCGUCAGUGAUUCAGCCAAUAGAAACAUCACGUAAUGAAUAUUUUCCCGUCGUUGAGAUUCUAGUCGCCCCGCCCGAACCGCCAAUCGACUAUAUGAACAAAGAGAAUGCUGAGAUAGAGAACCCGGGCAAUUUGGGCAAGCCUCAAGAACACCAACUUGUUACUAAUUCUGAUUUCAAGAAUAACAAAUUUUCAAUGUCGAAAACGGAUUCAAAAAUAAACCCAGCUGCGCUGUAUGAUGUUGGUUGUCAAGCAGCUUCGAUCACUCUUCAACCUUCUUUACCUGAAUUAGUUACAACAUCAAGUGUCGUGCAUGAUUCUCAAAUUAGCCAGAGUAAUUCGACUAGAACGACAAUAGCUCAAAGUGUCAACACUGAAAGCACGCUAACAAAUACUAGCGUUGGAUACAGAUCAAUCGACCCAAAACGCCUUGAGAAAAUGCAGAAAGCAGAUAGAGAAGUACAAAAAUCAUUCAAGAGAAGCGCUAUUCGUCAACUGAAUCAACUGGAGGAUAAAUAUUCAAAAGAAAAAGAAGCGUAUCGAAUCAACUCUAAAAAACGUCUUAAAGAGAUGGAGGACAAUAAAUUGAUGGAGUUUGAGGAUGAACGAAGAAAGCAGAGAAAAGCUUAUAAAAUUGUACAAGCCAAGCUGAAGUUGAAGGAGGAGCGCGAAAUGGCUGAAUUCCGUAGCAUUGAGGCAGUACAAUUGAAAAAGAUUGAAAAUCGAGUGAAGAAUCUUCCAAAAUCGAUGCAAAAGGAGACUCUUAAUGCGCGAAAGUCCCAGCUUAAAAGAGAAAGACGAGAGGAAGAGCAACGAUUUAUUCAACGUCUUAAACGAAAGAUUGAUUUGAUAAUGAGAAAAUUCGAUUUAAAUGUGAAACUUUUCAAGAUAAAAUGGGAAAUGCUUGAGGCACAACUCGAUUGUGCUCAACACGAAGAGAAACGCGAGUUUGAAAAGAAGAAGAAUCAAAAACUCGAUCAACUCUAUGAGACUCAAAAGAGUGGAGAUAAUUUCUCAUUGUUUGAUGACUCGGACGAGGAAACGAUUGUCGAGAACGACUAUGCCACUCUUUCACAACGAUCCCUGAACACUUGGAGACUG